AUGAAUCUUAUUACAUUUACAUCUAAACAAAUAAUUUUCUAUCUAAUCUAUUUAUUCUAUUGGAUUAUUUAUCUUUUUACAUUUUAUCAUUGUUUUCAAUAUUUCAAUGAUUUACCAGAAAUUAAAAUUUAUGAAAAUUUAACCAUUGGUCAAGUUAUUAUAAAAGAUAUACGUUCAUUACUUGGUAUAUCUAAAUCAAAUUAUAUUCAAUUAAGUCCAAGUUCAUUAACCCAAUUUUUUCGUUUAGAUAAUAUCACUGGUAAUAUAUAUAGUAUAUCAUCUAUUGAUUUAGAAACAAGUAAUUUAUGUAAUAUAGAAAAAUCAUGUUGUCAUAAUUAUCAAUAUGAACAAUUAUCUAAUGAAUUCAAUAAUAAUCAAUAUUCUAUCAAUCAAUUAAAUGAUAAUGAUGAUGAUACAGAAGAAUUAUUUAAUGAUUUGAAUCAUAUCAUUGAUAAUCAUGUAUUAAAACAAAAAUAUCAAUGUAAAUUAACAACGUUUAUAUUAGCUUCAACAGAUCAUGAUAUGCAAAUUUCACCAAUUAGUAAAUUACAUAUCAAUAUUAUUGAUUUAAAUGAUAAUCCACCACAAUUUAAUAUAGUUUCAGAUGAUUCAAUGAAUUCACAAUCAAAUUUAAUAUAUUUAUCAUUUUUAGAAGGUUCAUUAGGUGUUCAUACAAAACAUGAUUUACCAAGAGCAUUUGAUGCAGAUGUUUCACCAAUAAAUCGUGUCAAAAAUUAUUGGAUUGAAUGGGAUGAAAUAAUUCAUAAUUCACAUCAAUCUUCAUCUUUAUCCACAAUGACAUAUACAAAUGAUCAAAUAUGGUCGAAACUUGGACCAUUUCGACUAAUCUAUACAAAGUCGAUAGAAAAUUUAGUCAUUCAACUUGAUGAAGAAUUAGAUCGUGAAAAACAAUUCAUUUAUAAACUACGUUUAAUUGCUCAAGAUGGUGGAGAUUUACGUGGAUCCAUACAAUUAAUUAUUGAAGUAGAUGAUGUCAAUGAAUUUCCACCAAUUUUUAUCGAUUCAAAUGAUGUUAAUAAAUUGAAAGAUCCACAUCUAUAUUCAUUAUAUACUAAUCAAGAAAUUUAUAAAAAAACAAUAUAA